GUCAGUAGGAAAACGGGUAGAAGCAGCAGCAGUAGCAGCGACAGCAGCAGCGGGGGGAAGAGAUAGAGAGAUAGAGAGAGAGGAAGGAGAGAGGAAAAAAAAGGGGAACCGAGCGACAUUGCACACUUCGCACGUAGCCGUUCGUUCCCGGUAGUUAUUUAGACGCGUGUCCUAAGCAGAGCUCACAGCUCGGGCAAGAUGUCGACUUCGGAGACUCCCGAGUACUCGCCCUUUUUCGCGGUGAUGGGCGCCUCGGCUGCCAUGGUUUUCAGCGCUCUGGGAGCUGCAUAUGGAACUGCUAAGAGUGGCACAGGAAUUGCUGCCAUGUCUGUCAUGAGGCCUGAGCUCAUCAUGAAGUCAAUUAUUCCUGUGGUCAUGGCAGGUAUCAUUGCUAUUUAUGGACUGGUGGUGGCAGUACUAAUUGCCAAUUCACUCACAGACAAGAUAUCAUUAUUCAAGAGUUUUCUUCAGCUGGGUGCUGGUUUGAGUGUGGGUCUGAGUGGUCUCGCUGCUGGCUUUGCUAUUGGAAUUGUGGGUGAUGCUGGUGUACGAGGAACAGCACAGCAGCCAAGGUUAUUUGUUGGGAUGAUCCUCAUCCUCAUUUUUGCUGAAGUGUUGGGGCUGUAUGGCCUGAUUGUUGCUCUGAUACUGUCCACAAAAUAAAUCUUGCAAAUAUAGAAUUUAGCUCUGUCAUGCUAAUGGUCUUAACUCCAGAAUGUGUACAGUUGCAUCACUUUGGUAGUGAAUCUCUUGUAAAUGCGCAAUGUAUGUUAGUGAUUGUCUGUCCUGUGUUUAGAUAUUCAAUUGUACUGGUUUUAAGAGCCAGGUGGUUCAGUGGCUCCUAAUAACUUGUGUGCAAUUUCCAAUCCAUUUUACCAUUGAGGAGCACUCUAUAUAAAUUUAGAAAUUGUAAUGUUCAUUUCUUUUCACUGGAUAUUUUAUUUAUAAAGAUUUAAAAUGUUCAUACAUUGUUAUAAUGGAGCAAACUUUCUGGAGUCCCCAUGAUCUAAGUAGACUAUUGCACUGUCAGUAAUUGUAUUUGCUCAGAUCUCCUUGGAUGUAAUAAUUGGUGAAAGAUUGGAUCUGAUCAUAGUCCUUGUGUCCUGGUAUUGGAGUGAAUUCUAUUUGUGUUUUUAACAUCUUGAGGCACAUGUAAAUGUUUCCAGUAGUACAAAUGUAUGGAUAAGUGUGCACCCUGUUGGGUUUCACAUUUCUGAUGUUUCCAAAUAAAAUUUCCUCAACUU